GCGGUAUUGUAGAGGCUCACGAGAUUACCUUCAGCGGUGCCAGGUAUUCAAAAAAGAAUUUAAAAAUAACAGGAGGGAUGUUUUUUUCUUUUCUUUUUUUCCCUUGUGUGAUGGAUCCUACUAUAGCUUCGCUAUUCUUUUCCUUUUUUUCCCCUCCUCCUCCUUUCUCUCUUUGGAAAUGGCGUAGUUCGGGGUUUGUUGCUGGCUGUGUGGGGAUAUGUGGGUUCAGGUCAAGUGAGUCAGGCAAUCUAGUACCUUUGCCAAAAUUCUUUAAAGAGCCUCCAAUCCCCCCUGCCCCGUGAACAUUUUCUUUCCUUUCCCUCGUCGUUACUCCCAUCAGUAUUACGUAUUGUGUCUGUAAAUUUCUCCAAUUGCACUAAUACCGAGGAUCUACGCUUUUGUUGCCUCGCUGCCACUACAUACCCUUCCUAACAACCUGCAGCCUCUCAUCUCACAACCACCUACCUACACAAGCAGAUACAAGCGGACAAACACCGGGCCCUUUCGAAAUCCCUACAACAAUGGCUCCCCCUUCCGCCCUAACCGCGGACUUGGCUUUUGCUCCUGUGGCAAGCUCCGUUGCGGAGAGAAAUGGCGUCGAGGCAAACAAUGUUACUUAUUCCCCCACUCCAAUCGGUAUCCCGAAGCUGGCGGAGCUUGAUCCUUCCAAGUUGAAGGUUACGGUUACCAAGACUCCUAGGCACUUCCAAGCCGAUAGCAGCAAGAUUGAGUGGGGAAAAGCCGACGUCUCCACCGACCACUGGAUCACCGCGAAAUGGUCAGAGACCAAGGGAUGGGCGGCGCCCGAAUUGAGACCCUAUGGCCCAAUCGAUCUGUGGCCCACUGCGUCUUGCCUGCAUUAUGCCACUGAGUGUUUUGAGGGUAUGAAGGCCUACCGUGGUUUCGACGGAUCACUGCGCCUCUUCCGUCCCACCAAAAACACGGCAAGGAUGCUUGUUUCCAGCACCAGAAUUGCCCUUCCCGGCUUCUCACCCUCCGCUUUGGAGGAAUUGAUCAAUAUCUUGCUUGCUACCGAUGGGCCAAAGUGGGCUCCGGAGCCUGGCUCCUUCUUGUACAUCCGUCCCACCAUGAUUGGUACUGGUGGUGCGUUGGGCGUGCAUCAGCCCCGCGAGGCCAUGCUUUUCAUCAUUCUUUCCCAGUUCCCCGUUCUAUACGAGAAGAAUAUGAGGCUGUUGGCGAGCCGUGAGGAUUCUAUUCGUGCUUGGCCCGGUGGAUUCGGAUAUGCCAAAGUCGGAGCGUGAGUCCCUCUCCCGAAUCGUCGCUUCCAUUUCUGGCGACUUGAUACUAAUGUGACACUGAACAGAAAUUACGGCCCUUCCCUGAUGGCGCAAAAGGAAGCUCAGGCUAGGGGUUAUGAUCAGAUACUUUGGCUUUUCGAUAAAUCCUGCCAGGUGACAGAAGCGGGGGCGAGCAACUUCUUCGUUAUCUGGAAGAAUAAGGAUACCGGGAGAGUCGAAUUGGUCACUGCGCCUUUGGAUGACAAGAUUAUCCUCGAUGGUGUUACUCGCCGCUCGGUUCUCGAGCUGGCUAGAGAUCGUCUUACCGUUUCAAAUGGUGAAAUCCAGGGACUUGAUAUUGUGGAGAGGAAGUAUACAAUGAUGGAUCUUGUUGAUGCUGCCAAGGAGGAUCGUCUCCUUGAGACUUUCGCUGCAGGAACUGCUGUAUGUUUCCGCCCUAUGCUGCAUUUCAUUCUGCAUUUCUCUAACGUCACUCCAGUUCUUCAUCUCCUCUGUUUCAAUAAUCCACUUCCGCGGCGAAAACAUUUGUCCGAAGCAAACUAAUGGAACCUAUACUGGCAUCUUGAAGAGUUGGCUUAAAGCCAUUAUGUUAGGCGAGGAAUCUCACGAAUGGGCCGUUACAGUUCCUGAAACCGGUUUUGAGGUCGACGCUUCCGCGACUGAGAAGGAAAUUGACGAGAUGGCAGAGAGCCUUCGUCAGAUGAGGGCUAACCCGGCCUUCACCGCGGCACUCCAAAAGGUCCAGGCGGAAAUAUAGCGCUAUCCGCCUUCAUCCCGGAAAGUAAAUAGCUUUUUCCCUUUUUUUUUCUUUCUUUUUUUUUUUACCCUGUCAGUCUUACUUUUCCACUUUGCUGUUGCCCCUACUUUACAGUGUGGGGGUUCUGGGCGCAAUCCCCGAUUGACAAGACAGAGAUGCCCAUGGAAUGCCUCUUUUAUGGCCUUUCCUUUCAGCCUUGUACGAGCACUUUUUUCCCCUCUAUUCUCUCCCCUAGCAGGUAUCCAGGCCUUUGUGCUGUGGAGAAUCUUUUUCCGCAUAUUAGAAACAAAACAGAUUGCAAUGCUUCCUGGUACUCGUGGGCUGACACCCGUUUUGAUUGUGACUACGGUACAAUUAUUCGGUCAGUGAAAUUCUAGGGAGAGGGGGAUGAAAAGAAAGUGACUAGGUCACCAACGGUACCGCGUUGGCAAUGACAAGUAUCAUACGGUAUCCGGGGAGUUCUCAAUGGAUGUCUCAUCAAGCGAUAGCUACUGCCCAGAAGAGGAGCUAUGCCGCUGACCAAGCCAUUAUAGCUCCUGGACAGGGCUCAUCCCGGUCGCCCAUUGUCCUGGCGCUGCGUGAUCCUCGUCUCAGCACGGAAAAACCACUCCUAAAUGGUAAAGAAAAAAAACAUGAGCAAUUUAAGUUCACUUUGUCAACCCCUCCAUGAAUUCCCACCAAAUUAUCUUCGUACACCGAUGAAGUCGAGAAUCCAGGAGCAAUGUUUUACCACCUAGGAACCUCCCCCAUGGACCCGCUCAGAAGAGCUUGGAAGUUCAGCCUAAGCUUCUGGAAUUGAAACGGGAGUCCUUAUGUAAAAAGGUCGCAUAGGUUCCAGAACUACGGGAGUUUUUUUUUCGGCUUUCGACAUGCUCGUAAUAGUAGCCAAAUGCCUCACUGAGAGCGAAUAAUAGCCGUAAGUGAAUAACUUUUGGCUUUGCUGUAUACCUACGGGAGAAACGCGAUUCUUGGGUGUAGAAUGAACAAGGCACAACCAACCAUCGGAUGUGUCACCGAACUGUACCAGAUUACUGUACUGUACAGUGCAGUGCAUAAUGCUCCGGGAUAACAUA